GAGGCAGAAGACUGGCAUGAUUGUGCACGAGGUGCUGAAUGACGGAUCAAGCGAGAGAGAGAGAGAGAAAGAGAGAGGAUUAUCUCACGUCUCACAUGUUGCUCUCGAUCAUUCUUUCCUUUGUGAUUGAAACAAUGACGGCUGAGUGUCGAAGGCUUAAAACUGAGAGAACGAGACGGGAACACAAAUGCACAGGCACUGGGAUACACUACACUCCUCCAAAGAGCUAGAUAUCAGUACAGGAAAGAGGUGGACACUACAGACACAGAGAAUUGUGUGUAUUUCCUCAGUGUGUGUUAGGACUCUGUCCUGGGCCCGGCCUCCAUGCUCUUCACGCUGGCAGGAGGAGGCACGCUGAGUGGUGUCACCGCCCUCGUCCUCCUCAUCGUUUCAACGUCAACUGACUCCUGGCUGCAGUAUCGCUACUCUGGAAACUUUGCCAAUCAGGGCCUGUGGAGGUUCUGCAUCAACAACAAGUGUCAUGCUCAUACUCUCACUGUGGCCUUCUGGGAUGCCACCCGAGCUUUCAUGCUGCUGUCUGUGUUGAGCUGCUUUGCCGGCGUGGUGCUGGGUCUCAGUGCCUUCUCUAACAAAACCAAAAACAAGAGGGUGAGAACCGCAGGAAUCGCUCUACUGCUGUCUGGUUUCUUUGCUCUGUUAGCUCUGGCAAUCUACACUGGCAUGACUGUGAACUACUUUAGCAAGCGCUACAUUCAGUGGAAGUUCUCAUGGUCCUACAUCCUUGGCUGGCUUGGCACCAUUCUGGUUAUAACAGCUGGCAUCUUCCAAAUUUGUGGCUAUCGUAGACACACUGCUGAACCAGCACUUCAAAGUCCUACAGACAGCUGAAUUUCCCCUGAGCUGUAAACUUUGGGCUGAGUUUCAACUAUUGCAAGAUGACUUCAGUAUCUGGAAUCUCUAAAACAUACGUAUUCUUGCAAUAGCAACAUAUAAUAUGGUCAAAAUAAAGUAUUUUUUGCACUAUUUGUUAUGAUAUGGUAUCUCUCUCUCUCUCUCUCUCUCUCUCUCUCUCUCUCUCUCUCUCUGUGUGUGUGUGUGUGUGUGUGUGUGUGUGUGUGUGUGUGUGUGUGUGUGUGUGUGUGUGUGUGUGUGUGUGUGUGUGUGUGUGUGUGUGUGUGUGUGUGUGUAUGUGGAUUGUUUGGUGGCACGUGUGCUUUUAACACA